UAGCAGCCAGUAUGAAAGCCUGGAGCACAUGACACUCACCUGCUCGUCCAAGGUCUGCUCCUUUGGCAAGCAGGUGGUGGAGAAGGUGGAGACGGAGCGGGCCCAGCUGGAAGACGGGAGGUUCGUGUACCGCCUGCUGCGCUCGCCCAUGUGCGAGUACCUGGUGAACUUCUUGCACAAGCUGCGGCAGCUGCCCGAGCGGUACAUGAUGAACAGCGUCCUGGAGAACUUCACCAUCCUGCAGGUGGUGACAAACAGAGACACCCAGGAGCUGCUGCUCUGCACCGCCUACGUCUUCGAGGUCUCCACCAGCGAGCGGGGGGCCCAGCACCACAUUUACCGCCUGGUCAGGGACUGAACAGGGACCCCAGAGCCAGCUGGCCCCUGGGAUACCCUCCUCCUGGGAAGAACCUUCCAGCUGUCCUCCGGCGCCUUAUUUGGGGAGGGAGCUGUGAUGAAAAGGGCUGACCUUGGAGGCCUUAGCAACCUGGGUUGUCCCGUGUUAGAGGGGACACCACGACCUGUGGGUGAACCGAAUGGGCUAGGAUUGAGGAAAGGAUGGACCCUGAUAUGGGGACCUCGUGGGGGGUGUCUGAAAAGACAGCUUAUUCCAGAGCCUGCAGGAUGGGGACAGGAGUGACAGCCCCAGGUGCAGCACUGGCACAGCCUCUGACAGCCACCCCCAAUUACACAUUGGCUUGACCCCCUUCCUGUUUUCCACCUCCCAACCUGCCACUCCCUGCCGCCCCCACUUCUUCACCUCUGAUAUCAGAAAUUGAUGCCGAACGCUUUCUGUGCAGG